AUGCAGAUAUGGCGGCGAUCCUUCGCUACGUCUGUUGCCAGACUUAGCAACAGCUCGGCGACUCGUCCUUCUAUUUCACGAUGCGCCCAGAUCCUUCAAGCUAGCAAGGGUGGGACCUGCAGCUUCGAAGACCAGGAAGUAAGAGUGAACGGCUUCAUCCGUUCUGUGCGGAAACAGAAGCGCUUUGCCUUUGCGGAGAUUUCUGAUGGCUCGACCGUGGAGCCAAUGCAGGCAAUCCUGAAACCUGCGCAAGCAGCAGAUCUAUCAACGGGAACAGCGGUCGAAAUAUCAGGGGUGUGGAAAGCUUGUCCACCGGGUAAGGAGCAGACUCACGAGCUUCAAACAACCGACGUAACGGUCGUCGGCGCAUCGGACCCGGAGGUGAGUCAACCGUCAAUCACUGAAAGACCUACAGACCAGCUGACCAUGGUAUCUCUGGUCACAGACAUUUCCAAUUCAAAAAAAUACCACAGCCCCGAUUUCCUGCGCCAAAUCCCCCAUCUUCGCAUCCGAACGCCCUUCAAUUCCCUCCUCGCGCGCUUCCGUUCCGAGUGCAUGUUCCAGCUUGGCAAUGUCUUCCACUCCCACCCAAAUGGCGCCUUUACACAAGUCCAGCCUCCGAUCAUAACAUCCUCGGACUGUGAAGGGGCUGGCGAAACGUUCACGUUGGCACCGCGUGGUGCCGCUGCUACACCCAGCGCCGAGAACGAGCAUUUCUUCCGAGCACCUAAAUACCUCACUGUGUCGUCGCAAUUGCAUCUGGAAGCUUAUGCGGCGGAGCUAGGCAAUGUCUGGACAUUAACACCAGUAUUUCGGGCCGAGAAGAGUGAUACACCACGCCACCUCAGCGAGUUCUACAUGCUCGAGGCUGAAGUCAACUUCAUGUCCGAUCUCGAGUCGCUUACCAGCCUGGUGGAACAUAUGCUACGCGAUCUGACGCGUCGCCUAUAUGAUACUACAGUGGGCCAGGAGAUCUUGUCGGCUAAGCGGUCUGGCGAACAGGGCCAGGAGAGUAACACCGAGGCAACGAUCUCUUUGCGACAGCGGUGGACUGACUUGAUGGAUGGUCCGAAAUGGGACCGCAUAACAUAUACGCAAGCCGUGGAGAUGUUGCAGCGUGCUGUUACUGAGAAGGCGGCAUCAUUCGAACAUCCUCCGACGUGGGACGGAGGCCUUCAGCUCGAGCACGAAAAGUACAUCGUCGAGGAACUCCACCAGGGCCGUCCAGUCUUCGUCACGGACUACCCGAAAUCCGUUAAGCCAUUCUACAUGGCACCUUCCCAGGUUGUCGAAGAUUCCAAUACACCCGGUGAGACAGUAGCGUGCUUCGAUCUCCUUCUCCCGGAAGUCAGUGAGGUUGCCGGGGGUUCCCUACGUGAACACCGUCUGCCUGAACUUAUCCAGAACAUGCGUGAGCACGGGUUGAUCAAGGCUCGAGAGCUUUCAGGGUCGGGGGAUUCAGCCUCGCUUGAGUCGCUGUACCCUCAUCUUUCUCCCACCGAGGAUCUGAGUCACCUUCAAUGGUAUGCUGACCUCCGACGCUGGGGCUCUGCUCCUCACGGAGGGUAUGGGCUUGGCUUUGAUCGGUUCUUAGGAUACUUGAGUGGCGUUUCUAGUGUCCGGGAUAUUGUUUCUUUCCCGAGAUACUAUGGUCGGGCUGAUUGCUGA